UUCAUAAUAUUGUGUCUCACAUGGAUCAUGAGAAUGUGGCUGGUGUGCAUGCGAAUUUUGUGCAAUGAUAUUGUAGUAAUUGCUUUGUCAUGAUUUUGUCGAUGAAAUGGAAUGUCAUCUACUUUAGUCGUAUUUUGUUCGGGGUGUAUUUAUGCUUCUCUCUCUGAGGAAAGUAACGUUGGUGUGUGGCGUUGUUGCUGAGUCUCGGUGCACGUUAAAAAUGAGUUCUCCUUACUUCGCUGUAAAAGACUCCAGUGUCCUCAGAACCAGGGGAGGACUCGUGAAGCCUCGCAGUCUGUCCGUGCUCAAAAGUAGAAUGGCCUGGAGCGUGAAGACUCCAGAUUCUGAUUCUGUGGGAAUUAAGGAGGAGAAAGAAGAGCAAAGCAUCACUUCACACAAGACCUUAGCGGCUCAUGGAUCCCGGGCAGAACAAGUCUCCAACACCUCCGAAGUUUGUAAACAAAAUAACAAAACUGUCCCUGAAAUCCACAACGUGACUGCCUCGUCUAGCAAGCCCAGGAGAGCUCAGGUCAAGGUGGAGUAUGAACUGGAGAAUGGUGCUGCAGUGAAACAGGAAAGUAACUGGGAACCAACCAACUGGACGCAACAAUUAGCGAAUAUCCGAGAAAUGAGGAGCGUCAGAGACGCACCUGUAGACCAGAUGGGUGCUGCCAAGUGCUUUGAUACACAGGUCUCAGCCGAGGUGAUACGCUACCAGGUGUUAAUUUCACUCAUGCUCUCUAGUCAGACAAAAGACCAGGUGACUGCAGCAGCUAUGCAAAGACUGCGAGCCCAUGGCCUUACAGUAGCUGCCAUCCUUAACACGGACGACGAUACUUUGGGGAAACUCAUCUACCCAGUGGGAUUUUGGAGAACCAAAGUGAAGUACAUCAAGCAGAGCACAGCCAUGAUCCAGCAGGAGUACAGCGGGGACAUCCCCAACUCAGUGGCAGGAUUAAUGCGGCUGCCCGGAGUGGGGCCCAAGAUGGCACACCUCGCCAUGCAUAUCGCCUGGAACCAAAUAUCUGGCAUCGGGGUGGACACACAUGUGCAUCGCAUCUCCAACAGGCUGGGAUGGACUCCAACCACAACCAAAAACCCAGAGGAGACGCGGCGGGCUUUAGAAGACUGGUUGCCAAGGGAGCUGUGGAGUGAGAUCAACUGGCUGCUGGUGGGCUUUGGUCAGCAGGUGUGCCUGCCUGUGGGUCCCCUGUGUGCCUCGUGUCUCAACAGGCACUGCUGUCCCUCGGCGUUUAAGUGCUCCCCACGGAAGAGACCUACAGCCAGCGACCCCAGGUCUCCAGAGAAGAGCAGCAGCCAGGGCAAAGUCAAGGCCUCUAAGUCCCCACCUAAGCCUAAGAUCAAAGAGGAACAGAACCCUGCUUCACCUCCUGCUCUGGAUAAUAAAUGUCAAUCCUCACCUGCUCAUCAGUCCACUGGCCACUGUAGCAUGAAAGAGGAGCCACAGACUGGGCCUCUGUCCCCCCGUGUUCUGAGAAAGAGAUCCAAAAUCUAGACACUUCUUCACUGCACUGACCUUUGUUGACCAAUGUUGUUAAUGUAGUUAAAAUAGGUAUACAUUCUUUUUAAGAUGGACUUUUAUACAGCACUUCCAUGUAAAUAGUUAGGCCUAUAUAAAGGUUUAUUUUUCAUCAGUCUGGCUCGUUCGGUUUGCCACUAGAUGGCAGCACUUGAUCACAGAGCUGGUAUUUAUAACACUACUGUGUAGCCUAAAUUAUGCUCUAUCCGUGUACUCAAAAUAAACUUUUCAUAUUUUGGUAAACUGGGAUUCCUAUAAUGGUACCGUUAAUUCAUUGUUAGGUGGAGUCAUGUACUUAUGCAAGUUCAGUGGCCUAAGUAGAGCGUUAACAAAUAGGCUGUGAACAUCCUCAUGUGAUUAUGCUGUAUUAAUUUAUGCAUGAUUGAUUUGCACAUUG